AGACAGGGCCGUGUGGAUAAGACCGAGUGCCCUCACAUGCCUCCACCACCUCACCGCGAGAGCAGCGGAGUGUCGCUUUAAUUAGCGCUCGUCACCCCCCACCAUUGCCUCCCAGCAUCACAAGUGUCCCUCCCCCAUCUUCUUCCUCCCCGCAACUCGCUGCUCCUCCCACAACCGAAGCUCAGUCCCGUGGCCACGCAGAACAAAAUGCAGCGAGCAAUUCAAGCUAUCGGAUCACAUGGCAGUGUGCUCAAAUCUGCUGUCCUGCAACACAUCAGUGUUGUGAAGCCUGCUAUGCUGCCCGCUGUGUUCCCACGCUUCAUGUCAGUAUCAUCUGCUCAAAUAGAGGAGAGUGGAUUUGAGAGCAGCACUGUUGCAGACAUUUUGAAGUCUAAAGGGAAGAGUGCCGAUGGAUCAUGGCUCUGGUGCACCACUGAUGAUAGUGUCUAUGAUGCUGUCAAAUCGAUGACACAGCACAAUGUGGGAGCUUUGGUGGUUGUUAAACCUGGGGAAGAUAAAUCAAUUGCGGGCAUCGUCACAGAGAGAGAUUAUCUCCGGAAAAUUAUAGUGCAGGGUCGAUCCUCCAAGUCAACCAAAGUUGGAGAUAUCAUGACCGAAGAGAACAAGCUGAUCACGGUGAAACCUGAAACCAGAGUCCUGAAAGCAAUGCAGCUGAUGACAGAAAAGCGUAUCAGGCACAUCCCGGUGAUCAGCGGCACGGAGAUGAUGGGGAUGGUCUCCAUCGGCGACGUGGUUCGCGCGGUGGUCAGCGAGCACAAGGAGGAGCUGAACCGGCUCAACGCCUACAUCCAGGGUGGGUACUAGGACCCAGCCGUUUUGCAGGGCGUCCCUUUGAGUGAACUCUACAAUAACGACCAGGGUGAUGAUGACGAAAUAGGCCGUGUUUCUUCGCGGACAAUGGCUGUUGAACUUGAAUUUGCGUGUUUGAUGUUUUCCUGCUUAUUUAGUGCAUAUUUCCGUGGCCGCGCGCGCCGCCGCGUGCUUGUUUCUGGAGCGUAUAGACCAUCCAUCUCAGCUGAUGGUGAUAGACGCAGAAUAAAGCUUGGGAGUGUCCCGGAAAGGAUACUUGAGUUUCACCGUGCUAA